CAGCUGUUUUCUAAAGAGUUCAGAGAUUUCUCUCAUACCAGCCCAAGGCCAGAGAGACAGAACCAAGUGAAUGGUCGUGGUCAUUUCCUGUUGCUGAUGUCUGGUGGAAUAUUCUCUCCUUUGGAUAACCUGUAUGAUUUGGACAAUGCAAACUGCCAUCCUCUGGUCUGCUAUCUCUGCUACGAGCAGUACGAACACCCCUGCCUCCUGGACUGCUACCACACCUUCUGUGCCACCUGUCUGCGGGGCAGAGCUGCAGAUGGACGUCUCUCCUGUCCCCUCUGUGGGCGUCUGUCAAUCGUGAAGGGCACCAGUGGGCUCCCGAAGGUAGAUCGACUGUUGAAAUUCCUGGUUGACAGCUCGGCUGACAAUGAAGAGAUUGUUCAGUGUGCAAAUUGUGAUCUUGAGUGCAAGAAGCAGGAUGCAGAUGCCAUGUUUUACUGCAACACGUGUAACCAGCCACUCUGUAGCUCCUGCCGUGAGGACACACACAGAGCAAAAAUGUUCGCCCGACAUGAGAUUGUAACUCUCGCCAAACGCACCAAGGAGCUGCAUAAGAAAUGCCCUCUACACGAGGAACCGUACAUCAUGUUCUCCACAGAGAAGAAGUCCAUGCUCUGUAUCAACUGCUUUCGGGACAUGCAAGUUGAGAGCCGGGCCCAUUGUAUCGACAUUGAGACUGCCUACAUGCAAGGCUGUGAGAAGCUGGACCAGGCUGUGAUGGCAGUGAAGGAGCUUCAAACGUCCACACGAGAAGCCAUUAUCCUGCUGAAGGCCAUGAUCAACGAGGUGAGAGUCAAUGUCAAUGAAGAGGAGUCAGCCAUCAGCUCACUAUUCAACAGUAUGCAGGAAAAAUUAGCCGAGAGGAAGAAAAUACUGUUGAAAACUGCUCAGAAUCAACAUGAAGAGAAAGAAAAAGCUUUUAAAGAGCAGCUGUCCAACAUGGCUGCACUACUACCCACCCUUCAGGUCCACCUCGUCACCUGUUCUGCUUUCCUCAGCUCUGCCAAUAAGUUUGAGUUCUUGGACUUGGGCUAUCAACUCAUGGAGAGGCUGCAGAAGAUCGUUAAACUCCCCCACCGCUUGAGGCCGACACAGAGCAGCAAGAUUAACACAGAGUACAGGCCAGAGUUCGCACGGUGUCUGGAACCUCUGCUGUUCCUGAACCAACGGCGUUCCGGAUCAGUGACUGGAGGAGGCCCAGGAACUGGUAUCAACAGUGGAAAUGGAAUGAACUUGGUGGGCACAAAGACAUUUCCAGUUUCUGGCUCUCGUGCAUCCAUGGGAGACAUAUCCCUAACAAACGCAGUGACAUGCAAGCCCACCUCCCAUCGCUACAUUAGCACCAAGGUCCUGCUGGCAGAGGGAGACCACAGCCCCUUUAUGGAGCAUUGCCGGAAUUACGAGAACACGUUCAGGGCCUUACAGACAGAGCUGCAGACAUUGAAGGACCAGGUGCAAGAGAUGCAUCGAGAUCUGACCAAGCACCACUCACUUAUCAAGACAGAUGCAAUCGAUGAGAUUCUACAGAAAUCAGUCCAGAUGGAAACUCAGAUCUCUUCCCAAUACUCCUCUGUGGAGACCAUGAGGACCAUAUUUGAGGAGGUUUGGGAGGAAACAUACCAGAGAGUUGCGAAUGAACAGGAGAUUUAUGAAGCACAACUGCACGACCUGACGUUGCUCAAGCAAGAGAACAACUACCUAAUGACAAUUGCACGCCAGAUAAGUCCAUACAUCCGCUCGAUUGCCAAAGUGAAGGAACGCCUAGAGCCCAGACUGAAAGAGCCAAAGGAGGUGAAGGAUGACAGAACAGAGAACAUGCUGAAGAUUUAUGAUGAAAGCUCCAUUGUGACAGCAGAUGGUCAGCACAGGAAUGACCUAACAUGUGCUAGUGAAGACAAAGAAAAACUGACUGACAACAAGGACAAGGUCAUUGACAGCCGAACUCUGAACAUUCUGCCUGAGGAUUCGGAGAUGAAAUCCAGGGAAUUGUACCGGAUGACAAAACAAAAGUGUGGAUUGGACAAUUCUGACAGGAUGGAGCUCACCUCAUAGCAAAGGAGCAUGAGAGGCACACCAACUCCAGUGAACUGUGACAGCCCUCAGAAUGUAAAUACAACACAUUGACUUUUCCGUAGUUUUGAUGAGGUUCCCUAUUUGAUUUUCGCAACCUCAGAUCUAGUGCACAAUCAGGAGAUUCAUAUUUAAAAGUAGAAUAUUAGAUAACCGUGGAUAAAAACAUUGGUUCCAUUAUCUUUUAGCAGGGAAUUAAUCCCAAGUGACAAACAACAACAACAACUUGCACUUAGUGCCUUUCAUGUAGUAUAACGUCCCUGGGUGUCACACAGGAGCAUUAACAAACAAAUUUUGACACAGACGCAUAAUGAGUAAACUGUAAGAUUUC